UUCCGAGGUGAGCUACUGAGCCAGAGGUGGACACACAGUGACAAGACCAGCAGCUGCCUGACCUCUGAGAGCCUCCUGUACAGACCCCACAAGGUGAGACACUGGAGGAUGAGCCUGGAGAAUGAGGACAAGAGAGGUCGCACACGGUCCAAGGCCAGCCGAGCACCCCUGGAAAGCACAGGUGCAGACCUCAGCUGCCCUACCCCAGGUUGCACAGGCUCGGGACAUGUUCGAGGAAAGUACUCCAGGCAUCGGAGCCUUCAGAGCUGCCCCCUGGCCAAGAAACGGAGGCUGGGGCCUGCCGAAGCUGAGCACCUGGUGGUCAAGCGGAAGCCUCAGCCCUUGAAGCUGGCUCUGGAUGAGGGCUAUGGCGUGGACAGUGACAGCAGCGAGGACACCGAGGUGAAGGAUGCCUCUGUCUCAGACGAGUCGGAAGGAACUCUGGAGGGGGACGAGGCUAAGCUGUCCGGGCAGGAGGGGACGUCGCACCCUGAGCCAGCUGAAGGAAAGAGUCCGACCACCUUGCACUUCAGAGCAAGCCCCGAGGGCAGCCCCACUGUCCCCUCUAAGAGCAGCUACAGCAGCUACCAGGAGAUCAUCGCCACAUCUCUUCUCAACCUGGGCCAGAUUGCCAAGGAGACCCUGGCUGCAGAGGACCUGGGGGUCAAGCCAAGUACUGCCAUCAUGCAUCUGGUCCAGGAGGAUGCUGGGGAAGGGGCCACAAGUGACGAGUGUGAGAAAGACAUUUUCAUCCAGCCUGAGGAUGCAGAGGAAGUCGUGGAAUCCACAGGGGAGCAGCCGAGGGAGUCGGGCCCCACAUCCCUGGAGAGUGUGGUCAGUGAGGAGUCCAGCCAGUGUAAAGAUGCCCUGGGUCCUGGGGACAAGGAAGGGAAUGAGGAGGAGGAGGAAGAGGAGGAGGAGGAGGAGGAGGAAGAUGAGGAGGAGGAAGAGGAAGAUGAGGAGGAGGAGGAGGAGGAAGAGGAGGAUGAGGAGGAGGUGGGGAUCCCUGACGUCAUCUGCCAGGAUGCCUCCAAUGCCUCCACCCAGAAGGCCCCUGAACACCUGCGGCCUGAGCCAGAGUACUCAGUUGUUGUGGAGGUGCGUUCUGAGGAUGACAGGGAUGAAGACGCACACUCUCAAAAGUCUGCUGUCACAGACGAGUCAGAGAUGUAUGACAUGAUGACCCGAGGGAACCUGGGCCUCCUGGAGCAAGCUAUCGCUCUGAAAGCUGAACAGGUGCGAGUGGCCCGGGGACCAGCGGAGCAGGGCCCAGGCGAGGGACAGGUGGGGAAGCCCCUGGAUGCUGUGCGGAAGAGCUACUACAGCAAAGAUUCUUCAAGAACUGAGAAGCGAGAGAUCAAGUGCCCGACUCCAGGCUGUGAUGGCACGGGCCAUGUCACUGGCUUGUACCCACACCAUCGCAGCCUGUCUGGCUGCCCCCACAAAGACAGGAUCCCCCCGGAGAUCCUGGCCAUGCACGAGAAUGUGCUGAAGUGCCCCACACCCGGCUGCACAGGACAGGGCCAUGUGAACAGCAACCGCAACACUCACAGAAGUUUGUCUGGAUGCCCCAUCGCGGCUGCUGAGAAGUUAGCCAAAUCUCAUGAGAAGCAACAGCCGCAGACAGGAGACCCUCCCAAGAGCAGCUCCAACUCUGAUCGCAUCCUCAGGCCCAUGUGCUUCGUAAAGCAGCUUGAGGUACCCCCAUACGGGAGCUAUCGGCCCAGCGUGGCCCCCACCACACAUAGAGCCAGCCUGGCCAAAGAGCUGGAGAAAUUUUCCAAGGUGACCUUCGACUACGCAAGUUUUGACGCUCAGGUUUUUGGCAAACGCAUGCUUGCCCCAAAGAUUCAGACCAGCGAAACCUCACCCAAAGCCUUUAAAUGCUUCGACUACUCACAUGACGCAGAAGCUGCCCACAUGGCAGCCACAGCCAUCUUGAACCUGUCCACUCGCUGCUGGGAGAUGCCUGAGAACCUCAGCACAAAACCGCAGGACCUCCCUGGUAAGCCCGCGGACAUCGAGGUGGAUGAAAAUGGAACCCUGGACCUGAGCAUGCACAAGCAUCGCCGGAGGGAUGGUCCUCCCCCUGGUGGCAGCAGCUGCAGUAGCAGCCCGAGAGUUAAGUCUCCUGAUGUGGUCCCACGCCAGGGCAGUGCCAGCACCACCAGCAGCUCCAUGACCUCGCCCCAGUCCAGCCAGGCCUCCCGCCAGGAUGACUGGGAUGGGCCUCUGGACUACACCAAACCCAGUCGCCAGCGUGAGGAGGAGGCUGAAGAGUCAGAGCCAGCAGCCCAUUCUUUUGCUUCUUCUGAAGCAGAUGACCAGGAAGUGUCUGAAGAGAGUUUUGAGGAGCGGAAAUAUCCAGGGGAAGUCACCCUGACCAACUUUAAGUUGAAAUUUCUCUCCAAGGAUAUAAAGAAGGAGCUGCUCACUUGUCCUACUCCUGGUUGUGAUGGCAGUGGCCACAUCACGGGAAACUAUGCCUCCCAUCGCAGCCUUUCUGGUUGCCCUCUUGCUGACAAGAGCCUCAGAAACCUCAUGGCUGCCCACUCUGCUGACCUCAAGUGUCCCACUCCUGGCUGUGACGGCUCAGGUCACAUCACAGGGAACUACGCCUCACACCGGAGCCUAUCAGGCUGCCCUCGGGCCAAGAAGAGCGGCAUCAAGAUCACACCCACCAAGGACGACAAGGAGGACCCCGAGCUGAUGAAGUGCCCAGUUUCUGGUUGUGUGGGGCUUGGCCACAUCAGUGGCAAGUAUGCCUCUCACAGGAGUGCAUCUGGCUGCCCACUGGCUGCCCGCAGGCAGAAAGAGGGGUCCCUCAAUGGCUCUGCAUUUUCCUGGAAGUCACUGAAGAAUGAGGGUCCCACCUGCCCCACGCCAGGCUGUGAUGGCUCUGGCCAUGCCAACGGGAGCUUCCUUACCCACCGAAGCUUGUCUGGCUGUCCCAGGGCAACUUUUGCCGGGAAGAAAGGAAAACUCUCAGGGGAUGAGAUUCUCAGCACUAAAUUCAAGACGAGUGAUGUGCUGGAGAAUGACGAAGAGAUCAAGCAACUCAACAAGGAGAUCCAUGACCUCAGCGAGUCCAACUCAGAGAUGGAGGCUGCUAUGGUUAAGCUGCAGUCGCAGAUCUCCUCUAUGGAGAAGAACCUCAAGAACAUUGAGGCAGAGAACAAGCUUAUCGAGGAACAGAACGAGGCACUGUUCCUAGAGCUCUCGGGCCUGAGCCAGGCCCUCAUCCGAAGUCUUGCCAACAUCCGCCUCCCACACAUGGAGCCAAUCUGUGAACAGAACUUCGACGCGUAUGUGAGCACCCUCACCAGUAUGUACACCGACCAGGACUGCUAUCAGAAUCCAGAGAACAAAGCCCUCUUGGAGACCAUCAAACAGGCGGUGAGAGGCAUCCAGGUCUAG